AUGCUAUCACAACAAGACCAAGUUGAUCAAGCUAUUACUUACAUUAAGCAAUUAAAAGAAAGAGUAGAGGUAUUAAAGAGAAGGAAGGACGAGGUAGCACAAGGCACAAGUGAAAGUAGAAGUAAUAAUUCAGAGAAAGUAAUGACAACUUGUACUUUAGAAACACCUGCGGUUGAAGUUAGAGAAUUGGGUUCAACUCUAGAGGUGAUUUUAAUUAGUGAUUUGAAAAAGAAGUAUUUCAGAAUGCAAGAAGUUAUAAACAUCUUAGAGGAAGAAGGAGCUCAAGUUGUUACUGCUCAUUUUUCAACAGUUUGCGAUAAGGUUUGCUAUACUAUCCACGCUCAGGUGAAAAUAACAAGAUUAGGGAUUGAUGCUUCAGCGGUCCAAUUGAGAUUGCAAAAUCUG